UCUCCCCUCUCCUCCUCCUCCUCCCUCACCAUCGCCGAGCUCCAACGAAGCUCUCAUCCAUGGCGGAUCCCGACGAGGAUCCUCUCCUUCUCCUCGAGCGCUCCGCUCGAGCCACCAGAGGCAAGAGAAUGACUAAGUUGCUGGAUGAAGAGAUUGAGCAGGAUGAAUUGUUUUGGAAUCAAGAUGCUUUUAAUGAGGAAGAACAUGAUGUUAAUUAUGAAGAGGAGCCAGAGGCUGUUGAUGAAUUUGACAGUGAUUUCGACGAGGAUGAGCCCGACCCCGAUGACGAAGCUGAAAAUGAAGCCGAAGAGAGGUUAAAACCAGUUAAGAAAAGGCUAAUAUUUCCUGGGAAGUCCAUGCCGAAGAAGAAAGGCAAGAAGAAGGUUCUUUCAAAAAUAGAAAAGGAAAAGGAAACUAAAACUGAAGGAACUUCUGACAAACCUGCCCAAUCAGAAAAAGGGAACGUUCCUGAUGAGUUGGAGGGUGAGAGAACGGUGAGAAAAUCAACUAGAACAUCGGUUAUUGUGAGGCAAGCUGAAAGAGAUGCUAUACGUGCUGCUUUGCAAGCUACCAUGAAGCCAAUAAAGCGGAAAAAGGAGGGCGAGGAAAAACGUAUGACGCAAGAAGAAAUGCUUCUAGAAGCAGCUGAAACCGAAAUUAUGAAUUUGAGAAACUUGGAACGUGUAUUGGCAAGGGAAGAAGAAGUGAAGAAAAAGGCAAUUAUUCAUAAAGAGGUCUACAACGGACCUCAGAUACGUUUUACCUCCAAAAAUGGGAUCUCAUUGCUGGAAUUUAACAAGGGGGCAUCAUUUGAAUCAGAACUCUGCACGACAUCAAUUCCCUAUCCAGAGAAGUCCUUUUGUGUGGUUACUGGGUUACCUGCAAAGUAUCGGGAUCCAAAGACCGGAUUACCUUAUGCAACGAUGGAAGCCUUCAAAAUAAUUCGAGAACGUUUCUUAAAAGAGGAAUCCGAGAAAAAGAAGCCAAAGAAAAUGGAUAUGGGGGAUCUUUUUGAUUCCAUAUCUGGAGAAGGGUUUUCAAAUAAGCGACAAAGAUCGAUGGCUGGAACAACAAAUGGACGGUCAGAUCGGAGAGUAGCAGCACGUUUUCGAAGAAUACCAGCACUUAACAUUCAAGAUGAGAAUUAACUAGAUGAAGCUCUAAUGGAAAGCUGGUUCAAUGCAAGGCAUAAAAACCGAGACAAAGUCGGCUGGAAAUAACUUCUUAUGGGUAUAAAUAUGAAGGAUUAGUAUAAUUAAUUCCGAGCCAGUUAGAUGCUACGUCACGCCAUCCCAAAUUGCAGCAUUAUGCCCGAAACGCAAUGCUUGUGAUAUAUCUGUCUGAUAUAAGUUUGGUGAGAAAGUUUUCUUUUCGAUUCCUUUUACUCUUGUUAAUGUUCGAGCUUUGGCCAUGAGCUUUAAUGUUGUGUAUAUAUAUAUAUAUAUAUAAUCAAUUUUCUUUCUCUUUCUAGGAAUAUAAAACUGUCUUUUCCCUUGCUCAGUGAUAGGUUUUGAUUGUGUAAUAUUCAUGUAAUAGUUUCCGCGUCGUGUUUUCAGUGAAUUCUCCUUGAGACAAUUUAUGUCAUCACUACGCAUUUAUCAAUGUUUUAA